GCAUCAAGUGGUGGUAGGAGAAGAAUAUGGGGUCGAGGGAGGAUUCAUUUUCAAGAUGGGCGAUGACGUUGAAAUGUAGAUGGUGAGGAGAUGGGAGAGAGGGAGAUGAUGAAAUAAGUGAAAAUUGUCAUGGUCAUCAGCCACACCAACUAGCGACCCUAAGGAAAGCUUGCUGUGUUCUGGGGCUGUUCUAAUUGUUAGACAUUUCUUCUUCACUCUGAGCCCAAAUCCAUCUCCCUGUAAUUUCCCUCCUUUGGUUAGAGCUCUGCCCUGUGGCCCUUCUACUUGAAAACUCUUCAAAUGGCUGCAUCCUGUUAUUGUAUUUCUCCUCUUCUUCAAAAUAGCAGACCAACCCCUCCAGCCCUGUGUGCCCCAACAUGGGGCUCAGACCUUUACUGUCUCAGCCAAGCCCACACACCCACACUCUUGUUUGUCAAGUCCUCUUCAAAGGUGGUGCAGGCACUUUCACUUUGCUAGCGGAAGCAUGCAGUAACCCAGCCUGUUGUGGUUUGAGAUAUAAAAUGAUAACAUCUGCAAAUUUAUCUUAACGUGUGUGAAAUGUGUCUUAGGUGAGAAAAGACUCUUGUGCAAGUAUGUGCCUGGCAACAUGAGGAAGGAGGGUGGAGGGGCAAAGAAGCAUAGUGCUCAUGAGAAUAAACAGCCUCGGUGGUUAGACUGAAUCUGUUCCUGAUCUUCCCCCUGAAGAUCAGGAACAUGGAUGUGGUCCUUUAUAUGAUAAAAGGAACUUUGCAGAUGGGGGAGGUUAUUCUUGGUUACCUGAGUGGCUCCAGUGUAAUCACAAGACUUCUUAAAAGAGAGAGACAGGAAGGUCAGCGUUAGAGAAAGGAGAUGUGACAAUGGGAGAAAGGGCUGGACUUGCAGGCUGGGAGCCCAGGAGUACCCGCAGCCUCUGGAAGCUGGAAGAGGUGAGGAACAGGUUCUCUCAUGGAGCCUCCGGAAGGAAUCAGCCCUGCUGUCACCUUGAUUGAGCAACAAGACCCCUAGAGCUGUAGGGGAAUACAUGUGUGUUGUUUUAACCCACUAGGUUCGUGGUAAUUUGCUACAGCAGCAAUGAGUAAUUGAUACAAUCAGUAUUUAACUUGCUUUGGGGGUGCAGGCUCUCCACCACUUUCUUCUCAGUGCAUCUCUUGCUGCCCUUGGCUGUUUGCCAAGGUGAGUGGACCAGGCAUGAAUAUAGUCUGAUUCUUCUCUGGGGAUUUUAUGCGCAAGAAGCAGAGGCUGCGGGCCCAGCAUCCCCAUGAGGCACAGAAGGCACACAGCCCGUCGUCCACAGCUGCUUCCAGGGUAGGCGGGGGUUAACCAGCUGGAAAAUGGUUCACUUUCAGGUCAAUUUAGAGUAACCUUUGCUCAGUGAGCCCAGACACUGUAAGGAAGAGCCAGGCUUGGCUGAGAGGCACUUCUUCCCCCACCGUGUUCUGAGGUUUCUCUCCAUGCCCGCCCGGUGCCAAUUCCCCCAGAUAUGCCAGUCUGUGCAAGUUGCCAAAGUCGUUCAUAUUCAGAGCCUGUGGAUCGGGAUUCUGAAGAACCUCAUUAUAACGGGGAUCCUUGUCUACUUGUGCUUUGCUCUGGUGUGUGACAAGCGGUAUCAGCGGAAAGAGACUCUGAUCAGUUCUGUGCACACCAAGGUGAAAGGCAUAGCGGAGGUGAGAGAGGAGAUUCUGGAGAAUGGAAAGGAGGUGCACAGAGUCUUCGACACGGCAGAUUACACCUUCCCCGUGCAGGGGAACUCCUUCUUUGUGAUGACAAACUUUCUCAAGACAAAGGGCCAGGUGCAGGGGCUUUGUCCAGAGCACCCUACCCGCAGGACACUCUGUUCCUCUGACCGGGGCUGUACAAAGGGAUGGCUGGACCCACAGAGCAAAGGAAUCCAGACCGGAAAGUGUAUACUGUAUAAACCACAGCCUCCGAAGAAGACCUGUGAAGUCUCUGCCUGGUGUCCCACCGAGGCAACGGAAGAGCCCCCCCAGCCUGCGCUCUUGAACAGUGCUGAAAACUUCACUGUGCUCAUCAAGAAUAAUAUCGACUUCCCCGGCCACAAUUACACCACGAGAAACAUCUUGCCAGAUUUAAACAUCACUUGCACCUAUCACAAGACUGAGAAUCCACAGUGUCCUAUUUUCCGACUAGGAGAUAUCUUCCAAGAAACAGGAGAUAACUUUUCAGAAGUGGCAAUUAAGGGGGGAAUCAUGGGCAUUGAGAUCUACUGGGACUGCAACCUGGAUAGUUGGUUCCAUCACUGCCGUCCAAAAUACAGUUUCCGACGCCUUGAUGACAAGAAUACCAGUGAGUCCUUGUACCCUGGCUACAACUUCAGAUAUGCCAAGUACUAUAUGGAAAACAAUGUUGAAAAACGGACUCUGAUAAAAGUCUUUGGGGUCCGUUUUGACAUCCUGGUUUUUGGCAGCGGAGGAAAAUUUGACAUCAUUGCACUGAUCGUGUACAUCGGCUCCACCCUCUCCUACUUUGGUUUGGCCACUGUAUUCAUUGACUUCCUCAUCAACACUUACUCGAAUACAUCCUGUCAAUCCUAUGUUUAUCCCUAUUGCAAGUGCUGUGAAUGCUGCGCGGUCAAUGAGUAUUACUACAAGAAGAAGUGCGAGUCCAUUGUGGAGCCAAAGUCGACAUUAAAAUAUGUGUCCUUUGUGGAUGAAUUCCACAUUAGGAUGGUGGAAGAGCAGCUACUUGGGAGAAGUCUGCAAGAUGUCAAAGGCAAAGAAAUCCCAAGACCCUUAAUGGACUUCACAGACUUGUCCAGGCUGCCCCUGUCUCUCCAAGACCCACCCCCCAUUCCUGGGCAACCAGAGGAAAUCCAGCUACUUAGCGAGGAGGCAACACCCAGAUCCAGCAGCAGCCCGAGCUGGUGCCAGUGCGGAAAUUGCCUCCCAUCCCAACUCCCCACGAGUCACCAAUGCCUGGAGGAGCUGUGCUGUCGGAAAAAGCCAGGUGCCUGCAUCACGACCUCAGAGCCAUUCAAGCAGCUCAUCCUGUCCAGACGUGCCCUGCAGUUCCUCCUGCUCUACCAGGACCCCUUGCUGAAGCUGGAUGCGGAUGCCACCAACAACCAGCUGCGGCACUGCGCCUACAGGUGCUAUGCCACCUGGCGCUUCGGCUCCAAGGACCUGGCUGACUUUGCGAUCCUGCCCAGCUGUUGCCGCUGGAGAAUCCGGAAAGAGUUUCCCAAGAGUGAAGGCCAGUACAGUGGCUUCAAGAGUCCUUACUGAUGGAACAGAGCAGUCAUAGGCAAAUUACUUCUGCUUGCACCCCGAGCUUCAGCAGCUAAGAUCUGUGGCCAGAUUUCCUCCGCUGCCACUCUGCAUGUGUCAGAGAGCAGAGAGACCCGGGUAAACAAACAAACCAGCCAGAAUCCCUCAACAUGGACUGAGAGUCGAGAGAUUCAGACGUCUGUCUCAAUUUUGCCCCUGGGAAGCUGUGUGAUCUAAGGCCUUUAACCUCUGUACCUCAAUUGCCUUACGAUUCAACCUACUCUCUUACAGAGAUAUUGGGAGGAAAAAUUGAGACAGUGUAUACAAGCUUUCUUGUUAAUGCAUAGAGAGCUUUAUGAAUACAAAGCAACUCAUUAUGAGGUCAGACUAGGAUAAUGUCCAACUAUGAACAAACUCUUUGGGUCUUGAGUCCUGGUUGGAGAAUGUGAAGGAUUCAAAGUGGCUACAAAUUCCUUGGCCUUUGUCUCUUAGGACUUGAAGGUUAGGUCUCCCCUUGCAUCUGCGCAGCUCUGAUUGCUUAUCCAAUAGUGGAAGUGAUGCUGGGUCAGUUUCAAGGUCUUGGUCUUAAGAGGCUGGCAACUUCCACUCCCUGUCCCUUGACACUUGCUGUGCAGGAAGCCAGACCUCAGGUAAAAGUCUGACUAUCCUGAGACAGCCCUGCUGUGAGGAAGCCCAAGCAACCAUGUGGAGAGGAGAGAUGACUGACCAGUCCCAGCUUUCAAAUCAUACAAGCCCAGUCACUAGGCAUGGGAGAGAAGACUUUAGACCCUUCCAGAGCCUGCUAACACGUCUGCAACUGCAUGAGACAACCCAAGUGAGAGCUGACCCAUGAAUGCACAGAACAAAAUUGUUUUAAGCAAGUUUUGGGUUCUUUGUUCUACAGCAACAGAUAACUGGGACAAGAGAGCAAGCUGGACUCUUGGGGACAUAGACUCAGCCCAUACCUUCCCUGGUCCUAAAGGUCUCAGGGAGCCUGGACCACCUCUGGAGCUCCUUAGGUGCCUAGGUUCCCAUUCAGCAGUUCUGGGAGGGCUGCAGAUGGAAUCAGGUAACUCACCAGCCCAGCCCUGGAAUCCAUCCAAUUUAACUGCCACGCUGCCCAAUACAUUUCAAUUGCAUUACAUUUCUACAACUGGAAAUAACCACUGCUGUUAAGAACUGGAAAAGGCCGCCUUUAAGCUUUUAAUGUCCUGCGCUUUGCAGCCAAUUAAAGUAGAUGCAGUCUGGAUGCUACUCAAAAAGCAACCUAUACCCAAACCUUUACCAUCCCCAUACAUCAGCCUCUAAAAAUAUGCAAAUGGACAGUCCCAGGUUCUAGGAUCCUCCUGCAAGAUUUCCUUUUCAUGGUUUUGGCGCUAGAAUCAACUAUUUCUAAACAACUAUUGUGAAGAAUAAAUAGAGACCACUAUUCAACACUGUGACUGAUGAAGGACCUGUCAGGUUUUUUAUACAUACUCUAAGAUUUACCAUUUUUGAUACUUUUAAAAAAACAGCAGCUUUCUUUUGUGAUCCAGGAUUUUAUCUGGCUUUCAACUCAGGAAUCAAGCUCAUUAGGCCAGAUUGCACUGUCAUUUUUGCAACCUUUCCAGUAUAUUUUUAAAAAGUAGAUUAUAUGUAUGACUUCUUCAGAAUGGAGAUUCUUUCUCCAGAAUUCUAUUAACAGCUACAGAUUUCCAUUCUGAUGGCCUCUGAGUCUUUAUGCCUUUAUUUUUUGGUGCCUGAUUUCUGAUGAGUUUCUGUCACCUUGUGGAGGCCCCAGAUGGAGGCAGAAUUUGGGGUGACAGAUAAUCACUGGAUCCACGUACUGUUCUCCUUCCCUUUCCCCACAUAUGCUUUAAGUGAGAGGGUGUUGUGUGACGUCAACAGUGUGUAAAAUGUCUGACACUUCCUACAAAGACAUGCAUCAUGUUUGAAUUUUUAUUUUUAGUCUCCUACAUAAAAUAAUGUCAUCACCAAAGGCACACCAAGGAGAAUCACAUUUUGUAGGACCUGUCUUCCUGUACUUCAAUCCAUUCUUCUGUUAAUGAUAACUGUACAAUACUCACUGAUUCAUCUCUAUAUCAGAGAUGUGCUUCCUUGUAACACUGAUUUCAUGCAUAAUAGGUAAUGAACUUGCAUUCAUCUCCUUAGAGGAAACCAUUUUUUAAAACACUUCCUAAUUCUAGUUUGGCAAUGUAGCUGUCAUAACCUGACUGUUUUGAUAAUA